CGUAGAAUCAAGGCCAUUUUCCGAGAAACUUAGUGACAUAAGCAUUUUAUAAGAGGAUUGUUAAACGGUAGCCAAACACGCUCAUCUUCUUUGCUGUCGACGGAUUUCAAUAGUGUGUAAUGCAUUUGAAAAACCAAACGUUCGUUUGUUUUACAUAGUGAUUAUUUGUACAAAAUAUUUAUUUCAUCCAUCGUUUACUAAAACCGGAAGUUAACAAGCGAUAUUAUUGUUUCUCGUUCGCUUGCAAGGACAGCGUUUCGACAAGGCUCUCUUUUGAUCGUAUCUGCUGCAGUCGUGACGCACGGAGUGCCUGUGGCAAUGGAAAUUCUGGGUACACGAGUUGUCCGUGGACGAGAUUGGGAAUGGGGGAAUCAGGAUGGCGGAGAAGGUUGUGUAGGAACUGUGGUUGAAAUCGGUGAAGACAAGAAAUCACCUUUUACCCCUCAGCUUGUUUGGAUUCAGUGGGAUUGUGGGACUAAAGCAAACUACAGGGCUGGCUUCGAUGGAAAACACGAUCUCCGUGUGUUUGAAACCGGAAAUCAAGGGGUAAGGCACGUUUACGUCUGUUGCGAUGGCUGCAAUCAAGAUCCUGUUGUUGGUUUGCGCUGGCGCUGUUUAAACUGCGCAAACUAUGAUCUCUGUACCACGUGUUACAUGACAGAUAUUCAUGAUACCACUCAUCGUUUUGAACGCAUUGACAAGAGUCGUGCCAAAGGUGUACCCGUUGGAACAAGGCAAGGAUCCCUUAAACUUGAAGCCCGUGGAAUGUUUAAAGGCGCCAAAGUGGUCAGGGGACCAGACUGGGAGUGGAAAGAAUCAGAUAGAGGCUCCGAAAUGGAGGGCGAAGUUACUGAGAUCACGGGAUGGAGUGACGACACCUUGAAUGAUGCUGUUCGUGUGGCUUGGAAGAGUGGACCGAAAGGGAACAUUUACAGACUUGGAACAGAUGGAAAAGUUGAUGUCAAGUGUACUGUGCCAGCUGUUGGGGGAUGUUAUUAUAGAGAUCACCUGCCUCCUCUGAUAGUCCAGCUCAAGAAGUCUCAAAGCGGAUUUACAACAGGCGACAAUGUCUGUGUCCAGCAGGUGACCACAGAAAAGCUUCAGGAGUUAUCCAUUGGCCAUGGAGGUUGGAACGCAGACAUGGAGAAGUUUAUCGGUAAAGUUGGUGUCGUACGGGAUUUCACUGCUAAUGGAGAUGUCGUUGUUGAGUAUCCCGACAGAAGAUGGCGUUACAAUCCAGCGGCGUUAACAAAGAUACAACAAUUUAAGCGUGGCGAUGAGGUCGUAGUCAGAAGUGACAAAAAGUUAGUUAAAGAACUGCAAGAGGGGCACGGUGGCUGGAACGAAGCAAUGAUUUCAACCUCUCAUUUGCAGAUCCUUGGUCGCACCGGUAAGGUGCUUGAGGUUGAUGGUAACGGAGAUAUCCUAACGUUAGUGGAAGGGGACAAAUGGAUGCUCAGUCCAUCUGCAGUGACAUACGUCACAGAACCAGAACCCAGUCAAAGCAUGAACAGUAGUGAUGAAAGCAACGAAGAUCCAUUAGGAUUCUUCCGUUUCUUCAGAGAUGUUCUUCUCCGGCACGCCAGUGAACAAGGAAGUUUAAGUCUCGUGCACGCUGCUAAAACAAACCAGCUAUCAAGAGUCAGAGAGAUCCUUGAUGCUCAACCGGAAGUGAUCGAUGAAAUAGAGGGUGGGCAUUCAGCCCUUCAUUUAGCUUGUCAUGAGGGACACUGCGAUAUUAUAAGAGAGCUACUAGACAGAGGUGCAAACAGAACUGCACUGGAUAGUGAGGGAUACACAGCUAUGCACCACGCCACUUAUGGGGACCAAAGCGGUGAAGCACUAAAGCUUUUAUUGGAGAAAGGUUUCGAUCCAAAUGUGCAGCACAGCAGUAACAGAAGGACACCGUUACAUUUGGCUGUGAAAAGAGAUAAUGAAAUGGCGGAUGAAGCUGGUGACACCCCCCUCCAUGACGCCAUCUCUGGUCAAAAGCAUAGCAUGGUGGAUAUGCUGUUAGAUAACCCAAGGCUUUCUCUGACAGUUUGCAAUCGAGGAGGAUUCAAUUAUCUUCAUUGCGCUGUUCUGAAAGGAAAUAAGCGAGCUGUGGAAAAGCUUCUUGCAAAAGCCGGGGAUGUCUUGAAUGUUAGGAAAAGUGAUCGGUUUACAACCCUUCAUAUUGCAGCAAUCAAUGACCACCGUGAAAUAGCCAAAAUUCUCCUGGAGCAGCCUGGGUGUGAUGUCAAUGCGCUUGGAGCUGACAAUCAAUCAGCACUUCAUAUAGCCACCGAUGAAGGUUACCCGGUAAUGGUUGAAAUCCUCCUGGAUCACGGAGCAGAUGUAAAUGCUGUUGACAAAGACGGAGAUACAGCAUUGCAUAUUGCCCUGGCUAAAGAGUCCUUGCUAAAAACAGAGUCAAUGAGUCAAAUGCCUGGUCUUGAGUUACUGCUACGAGUUCACGGACACAGUCGUUCCUACGCACCUAUUUCACGCUCCUUGUUAAGUUACGGAGCUGAUGUGUUCAAGAUGAAUGGGACAGGCGAAACCCCGCUUCAUAGAUGUCAAGGAUCACACGUUGAACAUCUCAUUCGAGAGAUUGCGGCAUCUGGCGGGACUUCACAGAUUAGGAAAGUUCCGAACUUUGGGGCUACAAACCAAUCCUCAAACAGACAAGAAGUGAGUAGUAGUAGCUCAGCUACAAAGGCAGAAGGGACCCAAACAGAUGUGGAAAGUAACAGGCCAAAAACAAGUGAAGCUAAUCAUAGGCAAGAGGAUGUAAAUGAGCACAGCGACAUCACUGUCCAAGAUCAACCUGUUCGGGCUACAGAUGAGCAAGAAAAUCAGGAGGAGGAAGAUACGCCGCUGAACGAGGACGAUAAUAUCGUAGAAAAUUCAAAUCUCGUGAAGGCUGCUGAAACAAACCAACUAUCAAGAGUCAGAGAUAUCCUUGAUGCUCAACCAGAAGUGAUCGAUGAGAUAGAGGGUGGCCAUUCAGCCCUUCAUUUAGCUUGUCACGAGGGACACUGUGAUAUUAUAAGAGAGUUACUAGACAGAGGUGCCAACAGGACUGUACUGGACAGUCAGGGAUACACAGCUAUGCACCACUCCACUUAUGCGGACCGGAGUGGUGAAGCAGUGAAGCUUUUAUUGGAGAAAGGUCUCGACCCAAAUGUGCAGCACAGCAGUAACAGAAGUACACCGUUACAUUUGGCUGUGAAAAGAAAUAAUGAAAUGGCUGUAAGGAUACUUACACAGUGCUCUGAGUGUAAUGUUAAUCUACAGGUUUGUUUCGGUAACAUGACCACUGAGUUUUACUAAGAGGUUAAGCAUCCCCAAUUGUCUUCAAACAAACUUUCUCAGCAUUAGCGGUCUCCCCGAGUCGUCUAUUGUCCAGUAUCAGAUGGAACUUCCGAUUUUUGAGAGCAACUUUAAAUGUGCGAAGUUAGAAGGUUUUGUGUUGAAUUAGCUUGUGUCCAGUUUCUUAAAUUCUUCACACAAGACCGGGCUUAAAUAGCUCUGUCAAUGGCAAAGUGAUAUGAAUUUAUCGCAUUUCUGCCAAGCCAGCUUUUUCAUGGUCAUAUGACGCUAUUUUAACCAAUCUCCUCUUGUAAUCUACUAAUCUACUAAUCUACUAACAGUUAUCGGUUUUAAUUGAGCACAGCCACAUGAAAAAUUGCAUGCUCGUUUAUACUCUAUACUUUUAA